CCGGUAGACACAGUGCAGUAUCAAUUAAUCGAUGUGUAAUUUUCCACUUAAUUUUUAUCAAACAUAAUUUGUGUAUUUAAUUUGUGAAUGGAAUGUUAUGAUUACAGAAAUAACGCUGGAGAAAUGAAUUUAACAGAAAGCCACAACUGUAUUCCUUGGUGAAGGCGUGAAGUUAGGUUAUGUGAGAAAGCUGAAGACUGUCUAUCCUGGAAUAGAAGUUUACAUAGAGGAUUUUUUCAAAGCAUUUUGCUCACGUUAUGUUACAUUCAUGGAAACGUAAUUCAUCACUCAGCUGACUGAUUUUAUCCAAGAAAUGAGCUGAAAGAAAUGUUUUGUCUGUUUUUGGAUAGGUAUAAUGGCCUUCUGGGAGCUGUCAUACUUUUGCAAAAAUGAUUCUUUGAAUAGUAAGAUUCUAGUUGUGGUGCUGCAUGUAUGACUGACUCUGAUGCUUCCAUGACUGUCAUCAGCCCUCAUCAGAGACCAAAGAUGGACAUUGCUUGUGUAAUUGACUUGAUUGUACCUGAAUACCUCAUUCAGCGUGAAAAAGCAUAUGAAGAAAUUCAGAAGGCUUGUCAAGCUGUUGGUGGCACAUUUUAUCACAUACAGUUUGAAAAACUAGAUUUUGGUGAAAUGAAUGUCUUGGAUCUUUUCUACAAUGCAGAUGUAGCAAUAGUUGAUUUGUCUGUUUUAGAUCAGCAAAGUCCAUUGUUCUAUCGCUUAGGGGUAAGAGAGAGCUUUGGAAUGAAACAGAAUAUUCUUCUAUAUAAUGACUGUAAUCCAAAUUCAGCUGUUCCAUUAAAGCUUUCUUGUGCAAACUACAUGUUUCUAUCAUACAAGCUAAAUGAUAGUGGUCAAUGUGUCCUUACUGAUCCCUCUGGUGUAAGAGGUGCAGAUGAUGGGUCAGAAAGUAAAAUAGUGCUGAGUUGCCGCCUUAAAAAAAUGUUACAAGAAGUAGAAGUUCAAACUAAGGCCCACAUGAAGGAAAAAUUCCUUUCAGAUCUUCGAAAAGCCAGAGAUAGUUAUACAGGUGAAGCGCUUUCUGAAGUGCUUCAAGAUAUGCGAAAGCGCCUUGAUGAUCCAAAUAUUAUUUCUGGCGAUGUUGCUUUAAAUAUGUUAAUUUCCUUUAGGGAAAUUCAGGAUUAUGAUUCAAUGGUCAAACUGGUAGAUGAUUUAAUGACUAUUCCAAAUUUAAAAUUUACUUUUACUUGGCCUAUUCAACAUCUGUAUGCAUUUGCUUUAAACAGACGCAACAAGGAAGGUGACAGAGAGAAAGCUUUGCAAGUAGUAACUACUGCAUUGGAAAAAAAGGAAAAUCAAGUUCCUGAUAUGAUCUGCCUUUGUGGUCGAAUUUAUAAAGAUAAAUUUGUAGAAUCUCAGCAUAAAGAUCAGGAUAGUUUGCAAAAUGCCAUUAAAUGGUAUCGUAAAGGAUUUGAGGUCCAACCUAAUGAAUAUGCAGGAAUAAAUCUUGCUACUCUGUUAGUUAUAGCUGGAAAUGACUUUUCUAAGUCAUCGGAACUGCAACAUAUUGGUCGUGUUCUCAAUAAUUUAAUUGGUCGCAAAGGCAGCCUCAAUUCUCUUAAGGACUAUUGGGAUGUGGCAACCUUUUUUGAAAUUAGUGUACUUGCUGAAGAUUAUUCCAAAGCUAUUGAAGCAUCUAAAUGUAUGUUUGACUUAAAACCCCCAAACUGGUACUUAAAAUCAACGAUUGGAAACAUUGAGCUUAUAAAUAGAUUUCGCAGAAAACCAGAACAUAUUGAAUUAACAGCAGAAGAAAAGAUAUUCAAUUUCUGGUUGGAAUACUUCGUGGCAGCAUCUGUAGAUGAGGUGUCUGAUGUAAUUAGAUUUCCCAUCCUGAUCCUUGACCCAGGGAAAGUGUACAUGCCUAGUUAUGUGACUGUAAAUAUGGGUGCAGAAGAAAAGUCUGUACAUAUUGUAAAUUUAUGUUUAGAAGCUUUAAAAGGUAUAUGUAGAAAACUACAUGAGUGGGAGUUUCCUGCUUCUGCAUUAAAAAGUGUAAGUCUUUACAAACGUGAUGAACGGUGCCUUUUCCUAUAUGUUCAUCAAAAUUCUGAUGAUUUUCAAAUGUUUUUUCCAUCAGAAGAAAUGAGAAAAAGGUUUUAUGACUUGCUCUUAGAAAUGACUGCAGAUCAGGAAGGCAUAAUUACUGAUCUAAAUACUGAUAUCAAUACUGGUGUUAUAAAAUAUGAAUAUGAGCUUGAUAAUCAAAAGAAGCGAAUUGUAUUGGGAAGAGGCACAUAUGGAAUUGUAUAUGCUGCACGAGAUUUGACAACCCAAGUACAAAUUGCAAUAAAAGAAAUUCCUGAACGUGAUAUAGGGGUUGUUCAACCUCUUCAUGAAGAAAUUAAACUUCAUUCUGAGUUGAGACAUCGGAAUAUUGUACAGUACCUAGGAUCAAUAAGUGAAGAUGGCUACUUUAAAAUAUUCAUGGAAAGAGUCCCUGGUGGAAGUUUAUCUCAAUUAUUGCAGAAUAUAUGGGGGCCGCUGAAAGACAAUGAAGUAACAAUAUCAUAUUAUACCAAACAAAUACUAAAAGGCCUGAAAUAUUUGCAUGAUCAACAAAUUGUUCAUCGAGACAUUAAGGGGGAUAAUGUGUUAGUUAACACAUACAAUGGUGUUGUUAAGAUAUCAGAUUUUGGAACAUCAAAGCGUCUAGCAGGAAUAAAUCCAGCAACUCAGACAUUUGCAGGUACCCUUCAAUACAUGGCUCCUGAAGUUAUUGACAAAGGUCAACGGGGUUAUGGAGCUCCGGCUGAUAUCUGGUCUCUGGGAUGCACUGUUGUUGAAAUGGCUACUGGGAAACCCCCAUUUGGUGAGCUAGGAUCUCCUCACGCUGCUAUGUUCAAAGUGGGUUUUUAUAAAAUCCACCCUGAAAUACCUGCAACAAUGUCUGAAAGGGCGAAAAACUUCAUACUAAGGUGUUUUGUUGCUGAUCCUGAUCAGAGAGCUACUGCUGCAGAUCUUCUAGAAGAACCUUUCAUUUUAGAGCCUAGUGGAAAGAAGAAAACACAUAGAGCAGCUCCUCCUGAUUUCAGUCGAAGUAUAUCUGUGCCAGAGAGAGUAUCCAAAUUAGACAAACCGAUGAAUGUUGAAAGGUUUGCAAGUACAGGCGAGGAGAGCGCUGCUAUUGUAUGCAAGACCAGUCCAUCUAACUCCCUUCGGAUACCAACGCCCUUCACAUUUAGUACAGAUUCAUCAGAUUCAAGGCGAUCCAGCACAGGUCUAUUGAGUCCUCCAAUAGAUAGCCCUCAAAUUGAGCAGGAACAGGGCAAUUUUUAUUUACUGAAGAAAGAUUCCCAAAGAAGAGCUAUUAUAGUAAAAAUUUUGUCAGAGAAUGCUGAACAGAUCUGUGAAAUAUGGAUGGAAGAUUUAGUUCAGAAAACACCUGGAUUAGUAUUGACUAUGCAACAUUUGAGAGAUUUACUUGAAGGCUUGCGAGAGUAUAUUCCCGAGCAAAACAAGCAACCUGUUCAGUUAGCUAUUAGUCAUCUAAAGGAGGAAGUUGAAUUUGAUGGAAUAGCUGUUCAUCAGAUGCAUAUGGCUUUGUAUAUAUUUCAAGAUGCUGUGAAGGCUAUUUUAAGGCAGCAAAACAUCAUGCCUCAUGCUGUUUUUGCAUUAGAUAAUUUGGUAAGAAGCUCUGUUCAAGCUGCAGUUAGUAUAUUGUCCCCAGAGCUUGGUGAUAAUUUAGAAGGGAAAAAUUAUGAGAAUGAACCAGAAGAAGUGUCUACACUUGGAAUUUCAACUGCUGCGUCCAUGAAAUCAUCAGCUCAACUGUAUUCAAAUGCUGAGCUCAUGGAGUUGCAACAGAAAUAUGAAUUGUUAAUAAAAGAAAAUUUGCAGCUUAUGAAAGAACUUGUAUCUACUAAUGAACUGUACCAAAAUUUAUUAAAGAAGAUGUUAGAAGAGAAAUCAUCAUUAAUCCAACUUCUGAAAAACAGAAUAUAUGAAAAUUCAAGUAGUCCUGGCUCAAGUCUUGAAGGCAUGAAUAGUGCAAUAUCAGAAGCUGUUAAGGACAGUUCAUUUCAGGAAUUACAUGAAUGGCUUAAAAAUAUAGGUGCAGAUAAUGAUACUAUUUCGAAGUUUGCCAUUCAGAAAUUCUCAAAAGAUGAUGUUUUAUCAUUCAUGACAAAGGAAGACCUUCAGACUUUAGGAUUAAGUGGAGGAAUGAGAUUAAAAGUUUGGAGAGCUCUUGUGAACCAUCGACAAAAAAGCAACAUUCUUUCAGGAGAAAGUUAAUGAAUCAUUUCAUGAUGCAAAAAAAAAAAAAAAAAUUGUAUUUCAUUGUUCUGCUCUGUGGCAGCCAUAUUUGUCAUUUGUAGUUUUUAACUGUUUGUUUUUGUGUAACAAAUUGAAAUUUUAAUAAAUAUACACGAUAUUUUUUGUUUUUCUUUAAA